CCUCACAGUCACCGCCGUGCUGCAGGAAUUACUGUUCCCCCCCCACCCCCAGUCCGCGCAGACAUUUUGCUCAUGUAUGGGGGAUGCAGGAGGAGAUAAUUAGAUUGUAAAGAGAAGCUUGCGGAUGAGACGGGGAGAUAGAACCAAGCCAGACCUCCUUAUUGGACUGUGGUCUUGAUUUUGGAUAUUUUUGGGGGGGAUGGAGGUGCGGAGGUUUGCUCUCGCGCUGUCUCCUCCUCCUCCUCCUCCUUCUCCAUCACAUAUGCUGCUGAGGCUGAGGGGGGUGUUUGCGUAGGAGGCUUUUUAUUUGCUCCAUCAUCCUCCAACAACUGGAUGGAAGUGUGCGCUUGUUUGCGUUGAGGAUUCAACGCCGCGGGAAGCUGAUACCGUCUUUUUUUCCCUUACUUUAGUGUCUUCUUUUCAAAUUUGACUCCUAUCGUUCUGUGCCAGACUUUGAAGGCAGCACAGAUCAGCCACCUGACAGCCAAUCAGGCGCCGCUACCCUCCAUGUGACCUGCAACAAUUCAUCUUAUCUCUGAAGGAUAGCUCUUCUUUGGAAAGGAGUGAGGCAAAAGAAGCCAAAGAAAAAGCUAAAUGUGUUCAUCUAUCGAUGUUGACUGAAUUGAGGCCUCCCUUUUUUUUAUUAAGGGAGAAAAAAAAGUCCAAACCCUGUGUGAAAAAGUGACUGCCCCCUGAUAAAACAUAACUUAACUGAGAUGAAUUGAGAUCUAUCAGCCUGGAAAAGUUUAUAAAGCCAUUUCUAAAGCUUUGGGACUCCAGCCAACCACAGUGAGAGCCAUUAUCCGCAAAUGGCCAAAACAUGGAACAGUGGUGAACCUUCCCAGGAGUGGCCGGCCACCCAAAAUGACCCCGAGAGCGCAGCGACAACUCAUCCGAGAGGUCACGAAAGACCCCACAACAACAUCCAAAGAACUGCAUGCCUCACUUGCCUCAGUUAAGGCAGUUGAUGGAGAGCCUUUCGAAUGACAGCCGGGACAGUGGUCAUCACUGGUGGAAUCCUUGCUACGGUUAUAUUGCUCCUUAUCAUAGCAGUACUCUGCUACUGCAGGCUGCAGUAUUACUGCUGUAAGAAGGAGGAGUCCGAGUCGGAGGAGGAGGAGCCCGACUUCGCCGUCACAUCGCGCCUCCCGCCGGUCCACUCCAACCACAACAUUGUGGCGGCUACGGCCGCCGCCUCCUCCAUCCCCAAUGGCCCCGCCCUCUUCCCCACCCCCCCGCUGGCCAGGAAACUGACACGCUCGCAGACCUUCUGCCCGUCGUGCACGCACUACGAGCUGCCCUUCUACCUGCAGCCGCCGCCCCCGCAGGUCCACCAGGCCGAUGGCUUGAGGAACGGCGGCGAGCGGGUCAGCUACCGUGCCGUGCAGCAGCCACCGCCGCCGUUACAGCAGCAGGACAUGGAGCUGCCCGUGCCCGUCAACAUUUCCAACUACCGCAGGCCCCACCUGGCCCGCUCGGUCACCAUGAGGGACAUGUUCACGCGCAGCUGCAGCAUCAGCACUGACGUUUAAACCGUCGUCGUACUCUCAGGGCCUCCGCUGACUUUUAAAUGUUUAACUAUUUACGUUCCGAUAUAACUUCUUGGCUUUGUUGUAAAAGAUGUUCCCUCUUCUCCCGGAUGACGUCCUGGUCAGGGAUCGUCUCUGUGCCGUGGCUGCUAAGGACAAAAACAUGAUUGGUGUCUCCCUGCCAUGGAAGGACGCUUCUGCUCCAUCCUGCGCGGAUUAGACUCCACCAUGAACGAGCCAGGAAGACGGCGGGGAUCGAUUGAACGUUGGCUGUACAGUCAAAAUCACAUCAAGGGCUCACAGAAGAUAGAAAACAGCUAUUUAUUUUACAAAAAAAUGUCUUGUACUCUGCUUUCUCACAAGGAUUUAGUAGGAAAUCGUACCAAAAGUUACCGCAAAAAAGUUGCCUGCGAAGGACAAGCAGCUGGACGAAAAUGCGUAUGUUUGAUUAGACCUGAAAAUAUGCCUCUCACGUUUUAAAUUUUCAAUAUUAAAUUGAGUCUUACGCACUAAGAAACAAUCACAUGCACACAGCAUACAGAAUUGUGCUUACAAAACGUGCAGCUACACAACAUCAAGCAUCUUGCUGGAAAAUGCUGAGUGAACCGACUUGAGAGACAUCGCCCUCUGCUGGAUUCAUAGUUCCAGCACUCUUUUUUCCCCCUGCAGAUAGCGCCAUCAAAUUAGUUUCCAGAAAACACGCAUAUACAAUUUAAAGCAGCAAACUCUGUGAAUAGGCGGGGACCUACUGUAUUUGCCACAGAAAUGUUAUAUUUUGCCAUCAUUUUAUAGCAGUUAGUCAUAUUUUCUCAAGCUUUUUCGGGCAAGGAACCAUAUUUACAGUAGUCACUUCCAAAAGUAAAGUUGUGCGCCGGACGCUUCACUAUAAGGCAGCAGGACACUACUAUUUGAUUCCUUCUUCCUUAAAACCAAUACGUAAAAUACAUGAAUAAAAUAUAGGGAGAUGAUUUGUAGCAGCUUUUUGCUAAUUACCAUCUUCAGUCCAAUUAUGUUAAACUGAUCAUUUCUAAUGUUGAAAAACUGAAUGUCUGGAGUUGAAAUUUGAAUUUCUUGAAAUAUCAUACUUCAAAACGCAGGAAAACCUACCAAAUUCUUAUUAGAACACACCCCCUUUUAAAACAUGUUUAUUAUUAUUUAAUAUUACCGCCAAUGUGCAGGCUAAUGCUUAUCAGAUUUAUUAUUAAUUAACUGAUGGCAGGAUUAUCUACGAGUGAUGAAAUGACGCACACACUGGUGUGAAAAAGUGUUUGCCCCCUUCCUGAUUUCCAACUUUUGUCAUACUUUACGGUAAAUGUUUCAGAUCAUCAAACAAAUGUAAAUAUUAGUCAGUGACAACACAACUGAACACAAAAUGCUGUUUUUAAAUGAAACUUUUUAUUAUUAAGGGAGAAAAACAAUCCAAAGCUACAUGGUCCUGUGUGAAAAAGUGAUUGCCCCCCAAACCUAAUAAGUGGUUGGGCCCCCCUUAGCAGCAACAACUGCAAUCAAGCGUUUGUGAUAACUUGCAAUGAGUCUCUUACAGCGCUGGGGAGGAAUUUUGCACAAUUGUUGUCAUUCAGCCACAUUGGAGACUUUUCCAGCAUGAAGCGCCUUUUUAAGGUCAUGCCACAGCAUCUCAAUAGGAUUCAGGUCAGGACUUGGACUAGGCCACUCCAAAGUCUUCAUCCAUUCAGAGGUGGACUUGCUGGUGUGUUUUGGAUCAUUGUCCUGCUGCAGAACCCAAGUUGCUUUCAGCUUGAGGUCACCAGCAGAUGGCCGACAUUCUCCUUCAGCAGAAUUCAUGCUUCCAUUUAUCACAGCAAGUCUUCCAGGUCCUGAAGACCAUCGCACUACCACCACCAUAUUUUACUGUUGGUAUCGGUAUGGGUAACAGGGGGGCAGAGAUCAGGAAGGGUGCAAACACUUUUUCACACCAGUGCACAGAUUAUUCCGAUAAGAGAGAUUCCGGGCGCUAACGUCCAUCUUCAGUCCCUGGUUAGGUUUGGCAAUACACAUUAAAUAUUUACAUUAGUGUACAGUAAAAUGAUUAUAUCAUAAUAAACACAGGAUAUACGGUAAAAGUCAAAUAAGUAUUCAAAGUAUGAAGUAGUAAUCCUGAUACUUAAAAAAAAUUACCUUUUUUUAAAGUAUUUUUACUAAAUUUUAUUCCGGAAAAACGUAUGAAAUCCUACUAGAUUCCUAUGAGGACACGCCCAUUUUGUUGUUGUUUUUUAAAUCUUGCGCAGGCCUGCUGCAAUAAUGCCUCAUUUAUUUAUUUUAAGGAUAACAGGAUAAUCAAGAAGUGAUGAAAUCCAUAUACUGUAUUGCAAUUUAUUCCGAUAAGAGACUCCAGACUCCGCCCCCCUCUGCUGGAGCUUCACGGACUCUUCUAAACCUUCCCUCCUUCUUUCUGUGCUGUUUGAUUUGUUGAUCCGAGUGCUGAAAAGUAACAGCAGAUUAAGUAGGAGUACUCCUACUCGGACUAAAAAAAGUGCGUGACUGCGAUUUUUUUGGUUGGACUGGACGCCUUUUUUCUUCUUCUGUCUUCAAAUGGAUGCUCGUUCUCUGCUUAUCCUUUUAGCGGCUUUCUUUUUCCAACAUGGAGUUAUUGACACGUUCUAACAGUGCUAUGCUAUGUCCUUGUUAGGGAGCCACACAGGAAGUCAGUGCCAUAUAAGGAGUGAGACAAAAUGCUAUUCUUUGUUAGUAUUCUUUUGAUUCCUAUGAAUAUUGCAGGCGUGUAUGCAAAUGCAGUGUUUGCUUUGACGUCCAAAGUAUUUGAAUUGACUGGCUUUUUGUUCACAACCAGCCAUGUUUUUUCCUGUCCUUGUUUUUAAUGGCUAACUGGAAAACACACACAAUGUUGCUAAUAAAAUCUUGUGGGAAAAAUCCUUCAUUGUUUUGGUUAUGGUUUAAUGUAUUUCGAUAUUUUUUUUUAAACAAAAAGAAAAAAAAAUGUAACAACGGAAACAAAACAACAAGCGCUCUUUGGUUUUAGGGAUCCGGAUCCACCUCCUGCUGUCUUUUGCGUUUACUGGGUUCCUAAAUCCAGCGAUUGUGUUGAGCAGCCGCUUGUGGCAAUGAUGUUCAAUGUCAACUGUUCAUGAAUGUAUCAUCCUUCUAACUGCGUGCGUCUUUCUUUGUGGUUUGUAUCCUCCAUAUUCCUUGUUGUCAUGGUGACGUGCUCUUUAAUAUUUACCUAGAUCGUUGAUCUCUUUGACAACAAGCACUCUCGCUUCUCCUCGGCGUCCGUUUAGGUUGAUGUGAAUUUUACCGUUGGUGCUCCAAGUGCUUUGUAUCUUUCCCUGCUUCCUCAAGUCUCGUGCUUUCUUGGCUUUCUCGUCAGCGCUGUGUUCCGUCGGAUGCUCAUUCAUGUAAACGUUUGUGCAGUGGGAUGCAAGUAUCGAUGGUAUUGAUAUCUAUGUCCACCUCCUUUGAUUGGUAAUUCAUUGCUUUGUUGAAGGAACAUCCAUUCGUUCUGGUCCUCCUCUGUUUUGGACUACCCUAUCUUUUGGCCUGGGUGUAAUUCGGAGUCUUGUGAGGAUCAUAUUCUGAUCCAUCUCAUCAAUUAUACAUAUUUUCCAUUUGCUUACUGAUAUUGUCCUUGGCUUCUUUCCGUUCCUCAAGGGUGGUGCGCAAGGCAGCGUUAUCCUCCAGUAGUGCCUUGAUAUCAUCCUGUAGCAUGUAGAUAUCAUUGCAUAAUGCUCUUUUUUCUUGCAUAGGGUUUGUAACCUCCUUAAAAGCAGAGCGCAAGGCUGCAUUAUCUUCCAAUAAUGGUUUGAUAUCGUCCUCCAGAAUGUUGAUAUCAAUGCAUAAUGCUCUAUUUUCUUCCAUAGGAUUUUUAGACUCUUUAAGAGCUGCGCACAAGGCAGCAUGUUCGUCAUGUAACUCCUCAAUUUGUUCUCUUAGUGCCUUGGUAUCCUUGCUCAGUGCUUUAUUCUCCUCCUUAAGGGAUAUGACUUCACCCUAGAUCCCCCUGGGCCCGCUGGGGGGGGUUGUCCUCUGCCGGGCGCUUGGGCGUUUGUCGGCGUUGCGCUUAGUGCUCUGCUGGGCCGCUGUCUGUGUCCUCCCCUCCCCCGGUCUGUCUGCGGGCUUGUCGGGGGUGGGGCUCCGGUGCGCUGUCGGCUCUGGUGGCAUGUGGCUGGUCUGGCUUCUGGUGGUUUGUGGGGUCCAUCGGCUGGUCUGCUGCUGGUCUCGCCUUCUCGGCUCUGGUGCUUGGCCUCCCUGCGGCUUGGGGUGCGGUGCUCCCGAUCCCUCUUCGGGGUUUGCUGGCCUGCGGGUGUCGGUUGGCGCUGUGUGGUGGUUCGCCUGGCUGCUCGCCCGUUUUCCCACCCGCCUGCUCAGUUUCCCGCUUUCCUCCUCACUGGCUCAUCUGUCUGCCUUGCUGGCGGCGUCCUACCGUUGGGAGGGUGUGGCCUGGUGUCCUCCUGCUCCCCGGCAGUCCGCGCUCUUCGCGCCUGGGUUCUGGAUUGUAUGUCUGGGACCCCGGGGUCCCCGGCUCCGCUGCUCCUUGGGUUACCAACGGGGGAUAGGGUGAGGCUUCCGGGUGUCGGGCAGUCGACCACUGUGUGUGUGUGUGCACGCACGUGUGUGCGUGCGUGUAUGUGCGCGCUUGAGUGCGUAGGAUUGUGUAUGUGCGUGCGCAUGGGGACGUAGGGGUGUGUAUGUGCGUGCGUAGGAGUGUGUAUGUGGGUGCGUAGGAGUGUGUAUGUGCGUGCGUGUGUGUACUUUAUUUAUUUAUUUAUUUUAGUUAUUUAUUUUUGGGGGGGCGGCAUACA